UGGAUAAACAAUGUUUUUUUUGCGUAAUUAUUGCUUAUAUUUAAUGUUCUAAAUAUGAAUGGUUCAGAAUUGGGCGGUGAAGGAAAUUAGGGUUUUUCUCACUUCAUCAAUUUUACGAUUUUAUAGAAAUUGGGGAAGAUUGAAGAAGUAUAUAUAAAAAUUUGUGUGAUUUCCUUUUCAAAUUUGUUUUUUAAUUUUUUGAUUGAUGUUAGUGGUAACAAACAGAAGUCUUAGCUGAAUAAAUCUGAUGCUGGGUUUACUGAGUACUUAUAUUGAUGAUUUUGAUUUAUCUUGCUUCUUGUGCUGACUUUUUUUUUUUUUUGUGCAUCUGGCUUGCUGUCAAUUGAUUAUCGCUUUAAUCGUCAGUCCUUUGUGGGCUUGCAUUUACAUCCUCAGUGAGCAUCAUGUUGCAGAUACUGGCUUGUGCAAUAUAUGGUAACUGGUGGCCGUUGUUGUCAGCUCUCAUGUAUGUGGUGGUCCCUAUGCCAUGCUUGUUCUUUGGAGGUGGAUCCACGCAGUUCUUAGUUAGUCGAGAUGGUGGAGGCUGGAUAGACGCCGCCAAGUUCUUGACGGGAUUUUCUGCUGUGGGAAGCAUUGCAAUUCCUAUAAUUCUUAGACAUGCUAAUCUGAUACAAACAGGAGCGAUGUUCAUUGAAUUUGCAUCUUUCUUCUUAUUUGUCUGUACUGUCUUGUGCUUUCACCGUGCUAAUCUUGAUGAUGAUUGGUAGAAAGUAUUGAGCUAUCUAGAGUUGAUAGCAACAAGAGGCUUUCGUAAUUUGUUGGCUGGCUCGAAGAAAAUUGUGUAAUAUGAUUUUUUACCGGUAGAUAAAACGGGUCGAGUAAUUUAAAUCCUCUUGUCCAGCAAAUGUAAAUUUUGGGUUGUGUGGUGUUGAUGGAACAGAACAACUAAUUCUUGUAUAGACUCAUCCUGAAUCAUUUGACUUCAUCCUUGGAAUUCAUGUAUCAACUAAAGUCUCAAAAAUUUAGAUCCAUUAUCGUGGUUUGCAAAUAAUCUUUGAUUUGCUAACCAUCUAGGCUUUAUUUCACGGAUUCUAUUUUCCAAUAAUACAUAUCUUUAUUCUUGAA